GAACGCUUUGAUCUGUAGCACGCUCAUCCAUUUCCUCCCACUGAAUUGAAAUCAGUGGAGAAUUACCAAGCAUGCGGGACUAGGAGGUUUUAUGCUCUUAAGAUGUUAAAGCAAUUCAUACGCUGCAAUUUCAUUCUACUCAACAUGUGUGUUGGAGAAGCUGAAGAGGUUGCUAUACGAUGUUUACUUGAAGCUGGGUUUUAUGAACCAUGUACUGGUGGAGCCCUAAAGGUUUGUUGCGUGCUAAAGGAUGGAUGCAUACCUUUAUAUAACUCCAUCGAUGCUUUAACAGUGUUGAAGGAAAUCGACUUAUGUGUGCCUAAUCAAACUAGGAUUAGUUCCAUGAUUGUAAUCGGAGAGAAUGUUCUAGAAUUCCUAGUCCUAUUCGGAAUACUUUUCCUUGUUCUCAAUGUUUCAUUUGAUGUGUUCAGAAAUUAGUUCGUUUGGAUGACGAAACUGAGU